AUGGACGCACCUUCCGCUUCAGAAUCAAGAGAUGAAGACUUCGAGGUAGAGCAAGAAGAGGAACAGGGAAGAGCAAAGGUGGCCAAGGAGCGCGUGCGGGUGUUGCACGAACCCAAAGGCAAGGAAGGCAGGAAGGCCACUGGAGUGGUCUACUGGAUGAGCCGCGACCAGCGUGCCAAUGACAACUGGGCUCUCCUCUACGCACAACAACUGGCGGUCAAGUCGGGUGUCCCACUAGCUGUGGCGUUCUGUCUGCUGCCUUCGUUCAAGGGUGCCAGCAUCCGGCACUUUGGGUUCAUGGUGCGGGGCCUUACGGAGGUGGAGAAGACUCUCAACUCGCGCGGCAUCCCCAUGCUGCUGCUCAAGGGCCUCCCACAAGACGAGCUCCCCAAGGCGCUCAAGACCUACGGGGCCUCCCAUCUCGUUUGCGACUUCUCGCCGCUCCGCAUCGGCCGUAAGUGGCGCGAGGAGGUGGCGGAAGCCACCAACGCCUUUGUCUAUGAGGUGGAUGCCCACAACUUGGUGCCCCUCUGGGAGGUGUCGCCCAAGCAGGAGUACGCUGCCCGCACCAUCAGGCCCAAGAUCCACAAACAAGUACCCAAAUACCUGCACGAGUUCCCCGCGCUGCGCGAUCACAGCAAGAGAAACGGUGGCAACAAAUGGUCGCCCGCCAUUCCCGAGGUGAACUGGGACUCGGUGUGGUCCUACGUCCGAGAACACGUCGAUGACAGCGUUCCCGAGCUGGAUUGGCUCAAGCCUGGGGAGAAGGAGGGGCGCAGGAUGCUCGAUCUCUUCCUCACCAAGAAACUCAAAGACUACAACAGCAAGAGGAACACCCCUGUGGAGGACGGCCAGUCGAAUCUCAGUGCCUACCUGCACUACGGACAGCUAAGCGCUCAGCGGAUCAUACUGGAGGCCAUGAAGCACAAAGCCAAGGCCAAGGAGAGCUACGAGGCCUACUUCGAGGAGCUUAUCGUGCGCCGUGAGCUGGCCGACAACUUCUGCUACUACAACCAGCACUACGACCAGUUCGAGGGAUUCCCCGAUUGGGCGAGAAAGAGCCUGGAAGAACACGCCGCGGACAAGAGGUCGUCGCUCUACACGUAUGAGGAGCUCGAGCGCGGCAAGACUCACGACGAGCUGUGGAAUGCCGCACAGAUGGAGAUGGUCCACUUGGGCAAGAUGCACGGCUUCAUGCGGAUGUACUGGGCAAAGAAGAUUCUCGAAUGGACCGAGAGCCCGCAGCAGGCGAUGCAGUUUGCGGUGAAGCUCAACGACCACUACGAAAUCGACGGGCGCGAUCCCAACGGGUAUGUGGGCUGUGCCUGGGCCAUUGGCGGCGUGCACGACCAGGGGUGGAAGGAAAGGCCAGUGUUCGGCAAGGUGCGGUAUAUGAACUACGCGGGGUGCAAGCGCAAGUUCGACGUCGAUGCCUACGUGCGGAAGAUGGCCAAGUUCAUGUCGGAGCCCACCGGCACGAAGAAGACCGAGGCCUCUGCCGUGUCUCGAAAGAGGAAAGAUAAGGAGGGAAAGAAGGAGAAGGAAAAGGAGGAAGAGACCAACGAAGCGGAAGAGGACGAGGACGAGGACGAGGAAGAAGAGGGAGAAGAGGAAGAAAAGCAGCCAGCCAAGAAGGCCAGGAGAACCGCCAAGCGGACUGUCGCGCAGUCGGCCGGCAGCCGCGCAGCCGCCAGGAUCCUGAAGACGAAGAAGUCGUCGAGUCGUGGCAAGUGA